UCGUUUGCGUUUGGGCUGUUAUGUCCUUUUUGGAUUUUCCGUUUCCCUUUCUCUCACCUUUCCUCUCUUCACCAUCCAUUUAAUUCCCUUCCGUUACACAUUUUUCCCUAAAAUAAAAAUAAAACAAAAAACCAAUAUCCAUUUUUUGUUUUGUUUUAAACUUCUCAAACCCCUCCCCUGAAAUUUCUCCCCUUAAAUCUUCCUUCACCCCUUUUUUUCUUUAUUAUUAAAAAUCAUCAAAAAGAAAGAGAGAAUAAAAAAAAACUCUUGUAUUGUUGUUUGUGUUUUUGGGUUUGUGCUGAGAAAGAGAAAGAGAAAGAGAAAAAUGGCGACGAGUAUAGGGAUAAUGGAUAGCGCAUAUUUUGUCGGUAGAAAUGAGAUUCUGAGUUGGAUCAAUAAACGUCUUCAACUUAAUCUCUCUCGCAUUGAAGAGGCUGCAUCUGGUGCUGUGCAAUGCCAGAUGUUGGACAUGACGUAUCCAGGGGUUGUGCCGAUGCACAAGGUGAAUUUUGAUGCAAAGUCAGAGUAUGAUAUGAUUCAAAACUAUAAAGUUCUACAGGAUGUGUUCAACAAGCUGAAAAUUGCAAAGCAUAUUGAAGUCAACAGGCUUGUUAAGGGCCGACCUUUGGACAACUUGGAGUUCCUACAAUGGCUGAAACGUUACUGUGAUUCUGUUAAUGGUGGCAUUAUGAAUGAGAACUAUAAUCCCGUGGAGCGUAGGAUUAAGGGUGGAAAGGAUCGAAAUGUUAAGAGUUUAAGGAGCUCAAAGUCACUUCAAUCAAACACUACGAAUAAUACUGGUUCAGGCGAACUAAGUCCAAAUAGAAACUCAGGACCUAAGAUAUCGAGGUCAAGUGGAGGAUCGGAUGGGACUAAUUCGUCAGCAGAGAUUCAGGCCUUGUCCAAGCAGGUUACUGACCUCAAAAUCUCGGUGGAUCUCUUGGAAAAAGAAAGAGACUUUUACUUUUCAAAACUACGGGAUAUAGAAAUUCUAUGCCAGACAUCAGAACUGGAGAAUGAACCUAUAUCGGUAGCAAUUAAGAAGAUUUUGUAUGCUGCUGAUGCAAAAGAGUCAGCAUUAGAGGAAGCUCAGGCUUACAUUAAUCAAACAUUGGAUGAUGUUGAAGAUCAACCAGAAACUGACGCAUGAUUUCUCAUUCCUGACUGGUAUUCAUAAGAGAUUUUCCAGUGUCUUUGUUAAACAAGCGUAGUGCCAUCUGCGAUGAGAGAGACUGGAAAUCGUUCCCAUCCAAUGGCCAGAAAGUGUCAUUUAAUUACAUAGAUUUAACUGUUUUUCUACUUGUAAGCUUGGAUGGAUAAUCAAUGGAUAUAUUUGAAGAACUUUUUUCUUGAACAUUGCUUUUGAAAAUAGCUAAUUGUAUUUUAGAUGUAUCA